UUCUGGGCCAGGGGUCGAAAAGUAGGAGCUGUUUACGGAAGUGCAAGGUUUCGGAACUCUUCGUGGUUCAGGAAGAAAACAAGUCAGUGUGUGUUUUGUUCUUGGAACAAGGUCCUGACUCCCCAGCAGCAAGAGAAUCAAUUGAAGGAAGGAGGAAGAAGUUCCAGGAUUUGGGUAUCAUUUCUGGGGAUACUCUUCAUGGGAAACUGAGAUAGUCUGAACAGGAAUUUAGAGCUGAUCCAGAAGACAGAAAGACAGAGCAUCCCAGCUGCUGGCCAUUUUCCAAAAACAAAAGAAAAUGAUGAAGACACAGGUAUCACUGGCAUUCGAUGAUGUGGCUGUCAAGUUCACCAGGGAGGAGUGGCAGCUCCUGGACCCUGCUCAGAAGGACCUGUACCAGGAUGUGAUGUUGGAGAACUACAACAACCUGGUGUCCGUGGGGUGUCAAGUCAGCAAACCAGAUGCGCUCUCCAGAUUGGAACGAGGAGAACCACCAUGGACUUUAGAUGACAAAAUCCAUAGCCCAACCUUUUCAGAAAUCCAGGAAGUUGGUAAUCAUCUGCUGGGGAACACUCAAAAUGAAAGCAGGGUGAAUAGAAUGGAACAAUGCCAUGAAGAUAAUGCGUUUGAAACUAUUAUUCAUCAGCACAAAAGCCAUUUUGCUUUAAGGCAAAAUCAUAGUAUGUUUGACUUACGUGGAAAAACGGUGAAAUCAAUUUUAACAUUAAUAAAUCAGAGCAGAAGAUAUGGAAUAACGAACUCAGCUAAGAUUAAUAGAGAUGAGAAAAUAUUUCUCCAUGCUAACCAUGAGCAAUUUAAUACUGAAUUUAAAUUCUCUGAUUGUCGAAAAUCCAAAACUGUGAAGUCCCAACUCAUUAAGCACCAGAAAUCUCACAAGAGAGAGAAACCGCAUGUAUGUAGUGAAUGUGGGAAAGCCUUUUUCUGGAAGUCUGUGCUCAUGAAUCAUCAGAUGAUUCAUACAGGUGAGAAACCUCAUAGAUGCAGUCUAUGUGGGAAAGCCUUUUCUAAAAAGUACAUGCUCACUGAACAUCAAAGAGCUCACAUGGUAGAUAAACCUUAUAAAAACACAGAAUGUGGCAAAGGGUUUCCCAUGAAAUCAGACCUCAAUAUACAUCAGAAAAUUCAUGCAGUAGAGAAAUCUCAUAGAUGCAGCCUAUGUGGGAAAACCUUCUCCCGAAAAUUCAUGCUCACUAACCAUCAGAAAGCUCACACAGGAGAAAAACCUUAUGAAUGCACAGAAUGUCACAAGUCAUUUAUCACGAAAUCAGGACUCAACAUGCAUCAGAAAACACAUACUGUAGAGAAACCCUGUAUAUGCAGUGAAUGUGGAAAAUGCUUCAGCCGUGAGUUAAGUCUCACUGCUCAUCAGCGAAUUCAUAGACAGUCAUCCUAUGAAGGCGCAGACUGUGACAAAGUCCUUCUUAAGAAAUCAUGGCUCAAUAUACAUGAGAAAACACAUAAAAUAGAGAAAUGCUUUCAAUGCAGUGAAUGUGGGAAAGCUUUCAACCGAAAGAAACAACUAAAUUUACAUGAAAGAAUUCAUACAAGAAAGAGACCCUAUGUCUGCAAUGUAUGUGGACAAAAAUUUGCUUCCAUGCUUGAUCGUUUUAAUCAUAAAUUAAUACACACAGGAGUGAAACGUGUAGAUUCAGACAAGGUGGAAGACCCUUCUGCAGCAAGUCAGAGCUCAUCACGUACCAGUGGUCUCACGCAGCAUAAAAACCCUGUUAAUACAAUGACUAUACAAAUGCCUUCUGUGGCAUCUCAGUCUUCAGUAAACACCAGUGGACUCCUAACAAGUAGGAACAUAAUCCUUGUGGGACAGCCCAUUGCCAGAUGUGAACCCUCAGGAAAUAACAGAGAAUCUGUACAGGUGAGAAACCUUAUUAAUCCAGUGAAUGUGGUAGUGCCUUCAGUGAUCAAUUAUGUCUUAUUUUAUGUUGCAGAAAAUGUUACCCUCCAGUGAGUCUAGUAAAAGCAUACAUUAUCUCCUUUAUAUAAAAUAGACACAGAGUAAUUGCUAUAAGGGGUUUAGUUAGAUUUUUAGGAGUUAGAAAGUCCUAACAACUUCUUAUGAUAAUUUCUUCUUGAAAAACCAGUUGUUAUUGAAUUGAAUCCGACUUGUAGUAAUCCCAUGUGUGUCACAUUAAAACUGUGCUCCAAGGAUUUUCAGUGGCUUAUUUUUGGAAAGAGAUUGUAAGACCUUUCUUCUGAAGCAUCUGUGAGUGGUCUCAAACCUCCGACCUUUUGAUGGGCAGCUGAACAUUUUCACUGUUUGUCCCACUCUCUUAGUCAUCUAGUGUUGCUAUAACAGAAAUACCACAAGUGGAUGGCUUUAACAAAGAGAAGUUUUUUCUCUCAGAAUCUAGUAGGCUACAAGUCCAAAUUCGGUGAGUCAGCUCCAGGGGAAGGCUUUCUCUCUCUGUCACCUCUGGAGGAAGUCCUUGUCAUCAAUCUUUCCUUGGUCUGGGAGCAUCUCUGCACAGGAACCUGGGGUCCAAGGGAUAUGCUUUGCUCCUAGUGCUUUUUUCUUGGUUGUAUGAGGUUCCCACUCCCUGCUAGCUUCCCUUUCCUUUUAUCUCUUGAGAGAGGAAAGGUGGCAUAGGCCACACCCCAGGGAAAAUCCCUUUACAUUGGAUCAAGGAUGUAACCUGGUAAGGGUGUUAUAAUCCCACCCUAAUCAUCUUUAACAUAAAAUUACAAUCACAAAAUGGAAGACAACCACAGAAUACUGGAGAUCAUGGCCCAGCCAAAUUGAUACACACAUUUUUGGGCGAACACAUUUCAACCCAUGACACCCACCUACGGACUCCUGGGGUAAGGACUGCUUGUAAUGAUACUAAAACAACCUAGGAAAAAAAUACCUUUUUUUUUUUUCUUUUAGCUUGCUCAUAUCUUUUUCCCUGGGUAGAUUAUGAAGUUCUUUUUUUAUUUUAUUCUGCUUUAAGUGAAAGUUUACAAAUCAAGUCAGUCUCUCAUACAAAAAUUUAUGUACACCUUGCUAUAUACUCCUCGUUGCUCUCUAUAAAUUUCUUGAUAGUUCUUGUGACUAUUUAAGUUUUAAAGUUAAAAAAAAACAAAAUUAAAACUUUACUUUCUUAUGGCAUUAGCCAUAUUUGAAGUGUUCAGUACCCAUAUGUGACUGUUGCCUAACAGUUUGGACAGCCCAGACAAUGAGUAAGACUUUGUAGCUCUUAUAUGGCUAGAAGGUAUAUACUGGGAGAAAUGUCCGUUAUUUCUGUCAUUACAGAAAGUUAUAUUGGAGAGCAUCGGUUUACAUCAUUUUAUAUUUCCUAGCACACAGAAAACUAACAUAUUGAUUUGCAAAGUGAAUGAGUGAACCAGUAAACUAAUCUAAGAGUGUUUUGUCAUUGAAGUGAACGGGCCAUUGGAACGUAGUUUACAGAAUGGAAUUGUCACCCAGAAACUUUCUUGAGGUAUUCAAUAGUGAUUCUGAGACAUAUACUAGGGUUGAAGAAAUAAAUAAAUCAAUUUUAGAUAAUAGCAGCCAGAUUUUUCACUCUCAGAGAAAGAAACUACAACUAACCUACGAGGAAAGUGUAUAAGGAACUUUAUGGUGCUGGAUUAGAGUGGAAUAUAAAAAUAUAAAUUCGUAUUUACUUUAGUAUGUGUAUCAUUAGGCAAAUGCAGAAAUACUUACAGAUGAGUGUAUACAUGGGUUAUUCGCUGUGUUCACAGAGAGGACCUAGAAGCAGUGACACCCCAGUAGCACUGAGCACACUCCUGUCCAGAUCUUAGUUUCUAAAUACCACUCUCCACUGAGAGAAAUCAAAUACCUUUGGUGAAAUGAGUGAUUCUAGGGCUGGGACAGGUAGAAUACAAGAUUAGCCUGGAACACCUUGAAGUGACAGUAAAGAAUUGCUUUAAAAACAAAAGGAUAGGGACAUGUCAGAGGGACAAAGGAGCCAACCUGAAAUAGCACUGAACAGCUAAAGCUGAAAUAAUUUUAGUCACAUAAUAAUGAUGCUAACAGAUUAUAUAGUCCAAAGUAUAUGUGUUGGGAUCAGUCUGGGAACAGCCUGCUGGCUUCCUUUUGAGCUACACAUGAAUCUUGUGCUUAGGACCAGAAGUGUCAGCCUGGCUGCUCUGGGGGGAUGAGAGUGUAGGCUAACUCCCUUGCGUAGGUUUCUUGACCCAAAACACAUCGUACAGCAGAUCGUGGCCUCUCAGCUCAUCUUCCCCUCUUGUCCUGAGCAUAUGUCAGUAUUUUGCUAAAUGUGUGCAUUAUAUCGCACGUGGAUAACCCCAUUUUUAUAUCUUUUCCUGUUGGGGAGGGAAGGAGGUCUUCUGCAUCACAAGAGGGGCGCAUGCAGACCAUCAUACCUGCAGCAGCUGCUGUGGGGAGUGACAUGCUGGCCAUAGGGGUCGGAAUUCCACUACUGAAGCUGACCUUGCUCUGUCCUUCCUCUGGCUGAGUAAAGCAUUGUUUUAUCCAGUUCCUGAGUGUAAGUCGUGUCUUUCUUGGCUAUCCUCAUACCUCCAACUAUAGACUGAGUUACUAUUCUUGUAAAAAUGUUAGGGCGGCGACUAACCUCCUCUAACUUCACAAGGGGAAGGAGAAUCAAGAUCAGCACCCCAAGGCUUUUUCCUGUUGGGUAGAGGUCAGACAUACCUCCUUUCUCCAAACUUUUUAAUAGUUCUGACACCAGUUAUCCCUCCCACAGCACCCUCUACUUCUCUGCUGUGUUUGGUAAUUCAUUGCAAUGGCCACACAGAACUCACAGACUAUGCUCACACUUAUGGGUUUAUUAAGGAGGUAACAGGUUACAAUUCAAGUUUAGAAAUACUCAGAAUACAGUUCUUCAAUCAGGACAGCCUCUUCCCAACCGUGCCACAGGCAGGCCUCUCCCUGGCCCUUAGCCUCUCAUGCCCUCGAGCCUCUUGGGCCAGCUCAGUCUCUGCCCUUCUCAGGCAAGUGUUACAAAGCUCUUUAGCUCUACCGAUAAGUACCCAGAAUAACCCCACUUCACCAGUAAUCCUUGGCCUGAAGGCACUCUGCUCUAACUCCGUGGGGUUGGCAAGCCUAGCUCCACCGACAAGUCCCCAGAGGCACCCCACUCUGCCAGCAAGCCUCACGUCCUAAGGUGCUUGGCUGUCUCCGUCAAUUGGGUCAGUCGGUUGGGUGGGUCUGCAAACCUAGCUCUGCCAAGUGCCCUGAGGCACCCUACUCCACCAGCAAUCCUCCUGCCCUAAGGUGCUGUUUUCUUUUUUAAUGGUCUGGGAUGCCCACUGUACUGUCUCCUGCGGGUCUUCUGGUACUGCUACCUCUGCUGCUGCCAUUUCUCUGCAGCUGCUUCUCACCAUCUCUGGUGUUACAGCUCUCACUCUCCAUCUCCUGGGCCUAGGAGGUUCCCAACGCAGGGAUCCUGAAUCCAAAGGAUGCGCUGCACUCCUGUCUGUUCUUCUUGGUGGUAGUCAAGUCCCCACUUUGGCCUCUGGGAUAGCUCAUUUUAAGCCUAAUGGGAUGGCAAAACUGAAUAAUCCCCUUGUUAGGGUUCCACACACCUUCUGGUCUCACCCCCAUAAGAAUGUCAUACACCUUAUUUGUACUAUUAGCAAGCUGUCCAUUCCCCUUGGUGGGCCAAACUGAAGAUGACUUGAGGCACUUACUUAUGAAGAUCAAAGACAACAGCCUUCAGUAUGGAUUACACCUCAACAUAAAACAAAAAUCCUCACAACUGGACCAAGAGGGAACAUCAUGAUAAACAUAGAAAAGAUUGAAGUUGUCGAGGAUUUCAUUUUACUAGGAUCCACAAUCAACACCCAUGGAAGCAGCAGUCAAGAAAUCAAAUGACACAUUGCACUGGGCAAAUCUGCUGCAAAAGACCUUAAGUCAGUUUCUCAUACAAAAACUUAUACACACAUUGUUAUGUGAUCCUAGUUGCUCUCCCUGUAAUGUGACAGCACAGACCUUCUCUCCACCCUCUAUUUCCCGUGUCCAUUCAACCAGCUCCUGUCUCCCUCCGCCUCCUCAUCUCGGCUCCAGACAGGGGCUGCCCACUUAGUCUCAUGUGUCUACUUGAGCUAAGAAGCACGCUCUUCAUCAGUAUCAUUUUAUGUCUUAAAGUCCAGUCUAAUCUUUGUCUGAAGAGUUGGUUUCGGGAAUAGUUUUAGUUUUGGGCUAACAGAGAGUCUGGGAGCUAUGUCCUCUGGGGUCUCUCCAGUCUCAGUCAGACCAUUAAGCCUGAAAAGACCUCUGUAAAUUGUUAAAAAGCAAAGAUGUCACCUUGAAGACUAAGGUGCGCCUGACCCAAGCCGUGGUGUUCUCGAUAGCCUAAUAUGCAUGUCAAAACUACAUGGUAAAUAAGGAAGACUGAAGAAGAAUUGAUGCCUUUGUAUUGUGGUGUUGGAGAAGAAUAUUGAAUAUACCAUGGACUUCAAAAAGAAUGACCAAAUCUGCCUUGAAGAAGUAUAUCCAGAAUGCUCCUUAGAAGCAAGGAUGGCUAGACUAUGUCUCAGAUACGUUGGACAUGUUAUCAGAAGGGGUCAGUCCCUGGAGAAGGACAUCAUGCUUGGUAGAGGGUCAGUGAAAAAGAGGAAGACCCUCAAUGAGAUGGAUUGACACGGUGGCUGCAACAAUGGGCUAACACAUAACAAUGAUCGUGAGGAUGUUGCAGGACCAGGCAGUGUUUUGUUCCAUUGUACAUAGGGUUGCUAUGAGUCGAAAACGACCUGAUGACACCUAACAACAACACACUAAUGUAGCCUCGUUAGUAUAGCAAAGAAAACCCUAUUUCUGAAUGAGAUUACAUCCACAAGUAUAGGGGUUAGGAUGCUGACACAUCAUGUGGAACACAAUUCAAUCCACAAUAGCUCUCAACGUGGAACUUCUGUGUCCCAAAAAGGGAUGUGCUAUCUUCCCACCUAUAGGAAUGUCUUUUAUGAACCAAGAAGUCCAGGAAUCUUUAGUAUCCAGAACUUUUAUUGAGGGCCUCAUUACAUAUUUUAAUUACAGUUCCCCCUCCUUAGGUUGGUCGAUAUCAUGAGGUUCGUAUCAGGAGGUUGAUAUCAUGUGGUGUGUCUUCCUGGCACAGUCAGCCUCCACCCAACACAAGGCAUAAACCUUCAGGUGUGGUUUGGAAUACUCAUCAAAGACACUUAAACCAUUGGGGAAAAUGAAAGGUUUUAUAUGGGAAUUGUUUGUAGUAUCUUUGCAACUUUUGUGUAAAUCUAAUUUUUUCCUAAAUAAAAAAAGGUUUAUUAAAAUCAGAUAUUUGAUUUCAUCACUGCUUAGUAUAAACACGUGUAUGUUAUAAAAAAAUUAUGUGCUAGAGGUUAGGAUUUACAACACAUUUUACGGGGGACACAAUUCAAUCUAUAACAUUCUACCCUUUGGACCGCAAAAAUUCAUGCCGUGGCCAUGUGCAAAACACAUUCACCCCAUAACAUGGUCCUAAAAGUGUUAAAUCUUAUCUUCUAAAUCAAAUAUGGGUGAGACUUUAGGCAUAUUCCAUUCUGGGGCAAAAUUCCUCCAACUAUGAACCUGUGAAAUCUAAAAGUUACCUGUUUCCAAAAUACAAUGGUGGAACAGGCACAUGGUAGACAUUUCCAUUACAAAUGGGAGAAAUUGGACAGAAAGAAGGGAUAAUGGACACCAAGCAAGUCCAAAACCCAGCAGAACAAUUUACAUUAGUUCUCAAGGCUUGAAAAUAAUCCUCUGUUCUUUGGAACCAUCUAGGCAAUGCCCCUGCCCUCCAGAUUCUAGGUGUUGGCCAUGCUGUCUGGGUUUUGGGUGGAGGCUUCUCGGCCCUGGGCCUUAGCUCCGCCUUCCAGGCUCACUGGGAUGACAGCUCUGCUCCCUCAGCUUUGGGCAGCCCCAUUCUCCUAGUCCAUCUGAGUGGCUGCCCCACCACCUCAGCCCCAGCAGGCACCAUCCUUCUGCUCCUUGGGCGUGACAGCCCUACCCCCUUAGCUUUGGUUGGUGGCCCCAUUCCACAGGUAUGCCUUAACAGUAACCUGUAAAAACAGCGUGGAGGCAGUGUCUGAGCUCCUCUAACUUCACAAGGGGGAGAAGAGAAUCAAGAUCAACAUCCCAAGGCUGAUUCCUAUGAGGUGGAGUUCAGACAUGCCUCCUCCCUUCACCAUCUUUACUAAUCCUGACAACAACUGUUCGGCCCACAGCACACUACUUCUCUUUUGGGCUCGGUAAUUCA